UCUGUCGGCUCACUUAGCUUUUGGACAUUUCCUUUAUUAUUCACUUGUUGAUUUGGAAGUCCAUAAUUUGCCUUCUGGCUAUCACUUAGUAAAAGCUGCUUUGUUAAGUGCAUUUCCAUUUUUGGAUAAAUGAGUAAACAGGCUAUUAAAGAAAUGUCCUCUGGGGACUAUGACAGGGAAGCCCCUCGGUACCCACUGAGAAAAUGGGUUUUCAGUCAAGAUGUUGGCCUGCCGCCUUUUCUGGAGACUGGGGAUUCUCGUUGGAUCAAGAGGGGUUUGGCAGCCUGGUCCUGGCCAGGGUGCAUACCAGCUCCUCUGUUUGUGCCCUAUAUCUCUGAGUUGAUGCCUCAUUCCAGUCAGAAGAUUAGCAAGUGGAGGGUCAACAUGGAUGUUUCUCACUUUUCCCCUUCUGAGAUUUUCAUCAGUGUCAGGAAUGGAUUUCUUGAAGUUGGAGGGAAACAUGAGGAGAGGCCUGACGAGCAUGGAUUUAUUUCCAGAUGUUUUACAAGGAAAUACAGGCUUCCAGCUGAGGUGGAUGUUACCACACUUAUGUCCUCGCUCUCUGUGGAUGGUCUCCUGACUGUAGAAGCUCCACUUCCUGAAACCUCUGCUACGGCUGCCAUCAUUAUUCCAAUAAAGGUGGAGACUGAGGGUAUUGGAGAACCAGAAACAAAACAAGAAGAUCAGGGGGAAGAGUCUCUAUUAGAGGCCUGCAGUGAUCAGGUCCAGCCUAGCAACACCACAGCUGGGCCUGAGCAGGGAGAUGAGGAAACCAGUGAAAAGCCAGCUGGACAGUCCCAUUCUUUGCUGCCUGUGGAAGAUAAAAGCUUAGAGAGUGUCCAAAAGUCUUCAGAGCAAUGCAAAGUCCCAGAAAGCCAAGAAGGCCUCAGUACAUCCAACCUGCUGGAACACAAAGAGCCAGUCGUGGAUGGAGAGAUCCAGGUGAAAGCAAAGGGAGCUGAGGAGCUCAGUCUGCCUGAAGAGCAGGAGCUGGGCUCAGGUCCACCGAUUGACGUCCAAAGCCAGGAGCUGGAGGCUGCUAACAUUGAGCAAGAACACACUGAGUAAACAGAAGUGCAUUAGUCUGCAUUGCUUGCUUUACACCAAAUGCCCUUUUUCGUUAGCUAUAGCGCCAUAUAAGCCUGCUCUGGUGCUCUAAUAAAGCAGUAUCAAGUGA